GGAAUGUGCGCGAGGACUUAGAGCAGAAGUAUGAAAGUCACAACUUCGCUGUCAUGCCGUCACGCCUGGCGACGGUACGGUGGCGUGUGAUGCCUUGUGAAAGGAUUUGAGGCUUUGGUAUACAAGAACAGCCACAAGACUGGUCUUGGCGUUCAUCGUCCCAAGUUUCAAUUACCGUUCUUCGAACACACUACACUCGAACACACCCUUUGUCUUGCGUUGCGGCGUCCCAAUUUCAAGAACGCAUACUUGAUAUCCGAGCUGGAGAAUAAGAGCUUGCAAGCAUGAAGAAGGCACAAUUUGUUCACCCCAACUAUGCCGCGACUGGCCUGGACAACCGCACACGCUACAUCCUUGAGCAGUCAAGCGUAUUGCCUCCGGAUUUGGGAACAUACACUACCAGUGGCUUUUCUUCUGACUGCGAUCGUCUCAGCGCCAUCCUUGGCAGUGACUUCGCAGACAAUACCGUAAAAUGUUGUGCUGAGUUGACACGCAAGGAAGUUCUGAGUCAGCUGGACUGGCUGUUGAGCGGCGAUCCGGAAGUGGCCUGUUUCUUCUUCUCUGGACAUGGCGUCAACGAGUACGGAACUGUACAUGGAUCCAUGGUCUGUUCCUUCAAUCAGCGCAUUUCCCAUAUUGCCCUCGACGAGGCCGUGCAGCGAGCAAAGUUCAGAGGCACACUCAUCGUCAUCCUAAACAUGUGCGAGGCAGACCACGUACCAUGGACCACAGAACCCCCUGUGCCAGCUGGCAGUGUGCAGCGUGACGGCAUGAAAGCUGCGUGCUCUUCAUCCCCAAGAGUUGACAGCGGCCACACGCGUGUUACCCUUAUGGCAUCAGGCCCCUUCAGCAAGACGUCGGGGAACAGCAGGGGGAGCACCUUCAUCGCCACUCUGAGCGAGCUCUUCAAAGACCGAGUGGUCACGUACGAAUCACUGUCUGGUUUGCUCGAGUCGGGUGUAUCGGUGGGGGCCUCAGUCAUGUGCUCAGCUGGUGGGCACCCAGCCUUGCUGUUGGGUCAGUUCGGAGCUGCCGCCAAACCAUCCAGCGUUGAGACCGCUUUCAAGGUUGCAAGGCAGCGAUAUGCUGCAGAUGCGGUUGCCGAUGCCUCUGCACAGGGAUCAUUGCGGAUCUGAACGGCGGCCAGGUCCGCUGCAAGCCGGGCAACACGGGGGCAUGCAGCGGCAGCUGGUGCCCCAGCAGGUGGUGGCCAUGCUCGGGAUGGUGCCGGACUACAAGUCGCUGUCGCGCAGCAACAAGCCGGUGCCGUACCGGCUCGAGUACGUCCGCCGGGCGUACGUGCGUGGACCAUUUGUCGGCGGCAGCAGCGACCAUGACGCCGCGGCUGGUGGGCCUGUGGCGGUGGAGCAGGUGGAGGAGACGGCCGGCGACGGUACCGACUGCGCAACACCCUCCACACCAAGCCCGGAAGCUGCCGCCCGUGGACAACGACAGCAAGCAGACAGCGGCGGUGGACCGCAGUUCUCCCAGUGACGUGGAGCUAGACCCGAUCAGCAGCCUGUCACGCUGUUACUUCUGCUAAUGUUGCACGCCAUACGAGUGCUAAUGUGAAACUCGACGCGUUACGUACGCUAAUUCAACACGUGCGCAUAGUAAAGUGUUUACAACGUACGUUGUGAGCCCGUCACGCUGUUACUUCUGCUAAUGAUGCAUGAAGUACGAGUGCUAAUGUGAGACUCGUACUUGUGUGAAUGUGUAGGGGUACGAGUGCUAAUUUAACGUGUGCGUAGGUAAUGUGAAGGGGUAUGUAGAGGGUAUUUUACAGGGAUAGUAAGGUGUUGUGACUCCAUUGAGUAAUUAGCGCUGAGUUGGCAUGGCUAAAAGGCCUUUGGUACGUGUACGUUGUCAGCCUGUCAAGCGUUGACGUUGCUAGUUAUGCAGUAAACACGUUGUUGUACCUGAAACUCGACUUGUGUGAAUUUGUAGGGGUAAGAAUGCUAAUAUAACGUAUCGUUAAGAAUUGUGAAGGUAGGAUGUGGAGGUAUUUUACAGGGAUAGAAGGGGAUGCGGGGGGUUAGCCGGUUAGCGAUUAUAUCGACUAGGGCAUUCGGGCUGAGUGCAAAGCGGUAAAAGGCGGUCUGGUACGCGUACGAGUGCAGUCUGUAAAGCUGUUACUUCUGCUAAUGAUGCAUGAAAUACGAGUGCUAAUGUGAGACUCGAUUUGUGUGAAUUUGAAGGGGUACGAGUGCUAAUUUAACGUAUAGUUAGGAAUUGUGAAGGGGUAUGUAAGCGAUGUUUACA